AUGACAGAAGGAGCGAAGCAGAACAGAUAUUAUGGUAUGACCCCACUCUAUGCAGCUGCUCAUUUUGGUCAUUUAGAUAUCGCUGAAUUCUUCAUUUCCAAUGAACUUGAUGUGAACGAAGAAGAUGACAAAGGUAGGAUUCCUCUCCACAGUGCAGCCGCUCAUGGCCACAUGAAAGUCAUGGAAUAUCUCAUUCAGCAAGGAUCUGAUGUGGACAAGGCAGACGUCAAAGGUUGGACACCAUUCAAUGCUGCCGUUCAAAAUGGCCAUCUAGAAGCCGUCAAAUAUCUCAUAAAUAAAGGAGCGAAGCAGAACAGAUAUGAUGGAAUGACCCCAAUGUAUGCCGCAGCCCAGUCUGGUCAUUUAGAUAUUGUCGAAUUCUUCAAUAUCAAAGGAGCUGAAGUGAACGAAGAAUACAAUGUAGAUCGGAUCCCUCUGCACGGUGCUUCUAUUAACGGUAACGCUGACGUCUUGGAAUAUCUCAUUCAACACGGAUCUGAUGUGAACAAGGCAGAUGCCAAGGGCUGGACACCAUUCAAUGCAGCUGUUCAGUACGGCCAUCUAGAAGCCGUCAAGUAUCUCAUGACUGAAGGAGCGAAGCAGAACAGAUAUGAUGGUAUGACCCCACUCUAUGCCGCUGCAGGGUUUGGCCAUCUUGAUCUUGUCAAAUACUUUAUUUAUAAAGGAGCAGAUGUGAACGAAGAAACUGAUACGGGUCGGAUACCUUUGCUCGGCGCAGCUAUUCACGGUAACGCUGAAGUCUUGGAAUAUCUCAUUCAAGAAGGAUCCGAUGUGAACAAAAGUGAUGCCCAGAUUCGAUGGAAUGACCCCACUCUAUGUCGCAGCACGAUUGGGUCAUUUAGAUAUCGUCAAAUUCUUCGUUUCCAAAGGAGCUGA